AUGUCUGCAAACAACUUCACCGGCACCAACCCCACUACACAAUCCACUGCUACUUCCACUAGCGGCACCAAGGGCGCCGAGGCUGGAGAAGGCUUGAAGGGCAUGUUCGCCAAGGGUCACGGUAUUGGCGAGUCCAUCCGUGGCAACAUCAAUUCGGCCAUCGACGGCUUCACUGGCGACUCAGCUUCCAUGGCAAAGAACGAGCAGGUUGCUCGUGGUGGCGAGCAGGAGUUCCAAUCUGGGCAAUUUGCUAAGAGAGGAACCACCGACAAGGCCCUUUAG